AUGUAUUGUGGUCAUGAAAGUCAAAACGGUCCACAACCGAAUCAGUUUUUAACAGAUUUAUUAUGGAAACAAUUUUUAAAUAAAUAUAGUAUUGAUUUAUUAUCAGAGUUAAAGAAUGCAACAUUAAAAACAUUAUUAAAUGAUAUUUUAUGUCGUACAGUUCAUAUUCAGUCACUUAUUCAAACAAUAGCAACAAAAUUAAUUAAUCUAGAUAAAGAAAUAUCUAAAAUAAUGCAACAACAUUUACAACGAGCACAAACUUUACUUGAUGAUUUAAAUGCAAUUAUAAACGAUAUUAAUCAAAGAAAUGGCGACAAUGAUGAUAGUGAUAGUGAUACAGACAAUGAUAAUAAUCGAACAAAUGCUUGUUUAAAAAAAUAUUUAAAUGCUUUAUCUGGUAGUAAACAACAACCGGGUAAAGAAUUUAUUGAAAUUUGUGAAUUAUUAUUAGAAGAUAAUAAACAAGUUGAAUGUGACAAGAAUUUUCCAUCAUUAAAUAGAAUAAUGAAACAGUGGGAACAUAUAUUAGGUACAAGUGAGCAAUUUGAACCAAAAGUAAUUGAUGUUUUUAAAGCACUUGAACAUGAUCUUAACCGAACUAUUAUACCAAAUGUAGUAUGUAGAGUAGGUGUUAUUGGUGAAAUUAGUUCAGGUAAAAGUUCAUUAUUAAAUCGUUUAAGAGAAAUUAAUGAAGAGGAAACAACAAAAACAUUUCCAAUAAAACUAUUUUCUCCUAUUCGUGAUGGUAAAAGUACAUAUUGUACAUUAGAAUAUGAACAUGAAUAUUCAAAUGGUAAUAAAAUCACAUUUGUUGACAUAGAAGGUUCAACGGAUAAUGAUACACAUAUAAAGUCUGGAAAUUAUUUUGAUGAAAUACAAAACGCAGAUUGUGAUGUAUAUAUUAUUUUGAAUAGUUUGAAAGAAUGGCAAAAUUAUAUUAAACAAAAACUACAGCGUACUUGUUUACUUGUACGAAAUAAAGUAGAUAAUUUAUUUUUGACUGCAUUUGAAGAAGAAGGUAAAGAUUUUGAUUUGUUGAGUGAAAAUCGUCGAGAAAAAUAUCGUGACAAAAUCAUUAAUCGAAUAAGAUCAACUGUGAGUCGCGAUAUUAGUGGAAACAAAUUAUCAGACGAGAUAUUUUUAACAUUUUCUAGUUAUCGUAUGAAUAAUCGUAAUAGAAAUCUAUCCAGAAUGUCGUACUCAAAAUUUGAUAUUGAUCAAUUGAUUGAUCGCAUGAAAAAUCUUCCAUUAAAUUUACAUGAAAAACGUUUAGAAAGAAUGGCAGUAUAUGCAACAUCUCGAGUUAUUAAUACUUGUUUUCGUCGUGGUUAUGUUGUUUCAAUACUAAAAUAUAAAAUUCAAGCAGGUAUUAUUAGUGUUGUUCCAUUUGCUAAUUUAUUAUCAAGAUACUUGGGAGAAGAAGAAAUUCGUCAAGUAUUUGGUGUAAAUGAUCGUGCACGUUUGAGAAAUUUUAUAACUCAUAAAACGGAUGAAUUUAAAGAUUAUUUGGAAAAGUUUAAAUUAAGUAUUAAUAGAAGUGAUUUGCAAACAUCAGCAUUUAAACUAAUAUUUCCAAUAAAUGGAGAUGAUAUUUUGGAAAAUGUAACAAAUGUAUCAUCAGUUGUUGCGAAAGGUGCAGUGGGUGUUGGUGUUGCCGGUGCAUCUGUUGCGGAUGAUGUUCUUCGAGCUGCUAUACCCGUUGCAGUAAAUACUGCUCGUGCGUUGUCUAUAAGCUUAAUUGCUGUUGGUGUCGUUCUUACAGCGGCUAUGUGUGCAUGGGCAGCUGUAUCUAAUGGUAAACAAAUGUACAAGUAUUUAAAUCAAUUAUGCGAUGAUAUUAUUCUUGUGAGUGAACGUGUAGCAAUGAAAAUUAUUCAAGAUAAUAAAAGAACACGUGAAGAGUGGUUUGGCCAGAAAGAAGAACGAUAA